CACUCCACGCGCUACUUAGAAAACGAUACAGAGAGUGAGCAGCAGAAUAGGAAGUGGAGUGGCAAGAUUAGGCGACGGGGCACAAGAUCCCCCGACUAUAGUAGUACUGUAGUUAGAGGACGGCCAUCAGCAUGCUCACCGUGGGGCUCCUCGUCGUCGGCGCGGCCUGUCUGCUGGGCGCCUCAGCUCGCGACCUGGGCCUUGGUCAUCGCACCGGGGGCGGGCUGCAGAUCGUGGGCGGCCACCCCGUCAAGAUCGAGGAGGUGCCUUUCCAGAUUUCCCUGGAAAAGAACGGCGGCCACUGGUGUGGGGGCUCCAUCCUCAGCCCGCAGUGGGUGCUCACCGCCGCCCACUGCAUCUACGAGGACGAUGCCAUCGAGGACUACGCCGUCCGCUACGCCACGGACGUCAAGGAGCAGGGCGGCACGCUCGUGCAGGUCAAGUGGAUGGCGUACCACGACAAGUACGUCCACGAGCCGCACCUCCGCGACGUGGCCGUCGUCCAGGUCGCCGACGACAUCGUCUUCUCGCCCAAGGCGCAGCCCGUGCGCAUGACCGCCGUCGGCACCCUGCCCAAGUCGACCGACACGCUCUCCGUGUCCGGCUGGGGACUCAUGAACUCCUACGACUACGAUGGACCCUCCGGCCUGCGGGCGGUGAGUCUGCCUUACGUGCCCAGGUCCACCUGCAGGAUCUCGUACGAGUCCCAGGGCGAGAAGAUCGACGACUCGAUGAUCUGCGCCGGGAUUAGCGGCAAGGACUCGUGCCAGGGUGACUCGGGCGGUCCGCUCGUCAACAUGCUGGGCGUCCAGGUGGGCGUCGUCUCCUGGGGGGUGGGUUGCGGCUACCCCGGGUUCGCGGGCGUCUACGCGGACCUUGGCGCCUCCAUCAACCGGGACUGGAUCCAGAGCAAGACGGGCAUCGCGUAAGAAGAGAUCGCUGCCCGACGACAUCCAAAUUAGCUUGGAUUGAGUAAAACGACACACACACGCAGUGCAGCUAAUUGUCUUCAAAGAGUCAUAUAAAAAUUUGUUUGCGUCUGACUUAAAGUUAUGAAAAGUAGUUACUUAAUGAUUGAAAAUAAAAUGAGGGCGACCCAUUUCGAACACA